AUGUCCAUCGCCCGCGCAUUCACUGUCCGCCGCGACAAGGCCGACUCGGACAGCAUGUUCAAUCUACACCUCAGCCGCGCAACGAGCCAACGUGGCGCCAAACCUGUUCUUCGCAGCAACAUCUCAAGUCCGCUGGCGCUUAUCUCGACUACCAACAUGAUCUCUUAUAAUGCACCCGACAUUGCCGGUACCGCACCCAUCAGCGUCCGCCUGGCUCCAUCAAGAUCAAGUUCAAGCUCUGGCGACGACGACAGCGAUCGCAGUGUCAAAUCUGGCCAGACCGUCACCGACAUGUCCUCUCUCGAGACCUCUCCGAUCAGCUCUCAGCCAGAAGAGAACCACCUUAGCUGCUACUUCAAGCCUCCCACGGACAGCACUCCAGUCGCGAGCAGCUUUGCAGCAGCGCCCAGUCUGCCAACGCGAGUACCAUCGCAUUCGAAACGCGCGCACGAGCACAUUCACCGUAAGCGUACCAUCCAGCGCAUGCUCUCACCGCCACCGUCAACUAGCCACGCUCUGUCGCCCACUAGUGAGGAAUCCGACUCGACCGCAAAGGAGAGCACCUUCGUCAGCGCUCCGCGUGAGAACCCGUUUCACAGCGAGCUGCGCGAAUUGGACGAGGUCGCUCAGGGCUACAGCCUUGGUCAUGUUGCCGCUGCUUCGAUCUCAAUACGCAAACCCGACGAUUCGCCAGAGGCAAGCUAUCUUGCCUCCCGAGGUCUGGUGCACUUGUCGGCGUCAGACUACCUUGCGGAAAUCCAAGGUUUGAUUUACGCGCACCUCGCUGAUGAUGUUCCUGCAUGGAUCUAA